UGAUAGAAAAAAAAACAACCAAUAAGUGGAAGCUAGUGGCUCGACAUUUAACUCCAAAGAUCACCUGGGGCGGUGUAGUUUGCUUCCUUUGAAAAUCCUACACCUUGAAGACCACCCACUGAUGACAUCAGCCCUGCUCUGACACCGGUGUCGGGUACGGCACCUGAAAGGCCAAUAUGUUGUGCUUUCCAGAAAAAAGAAAGAUCUUAAUUUCUUUCUUAUCGCCGAGGUGAUGACAGUGAUCUUCACGCAAAUCUGCGAGCGUUGACGUGCGCAUCUGACUGACGCCUGCGACUGGCUUCUGCUCCGACUUAGUUGGCCAAGCAAUUAAGAAAGUUCCAGAAGCAGGAUUGCGACUUGUCUGAAGCACUUCCGCCGCGCGGCUGUUCUUACGGCGAGGACGAGGUGCGAGCGGCGCCACUGGAGCCUGUCGUAAACGCUUAAUGGGCUGUCCUCCGCCCCCAGCCCUCCACACGAGUACCUCCUGGCCUGGAGUGGAGAGGUCGACUACGAGCACGAGAGCCGGACACGCAGCCAGCCAUCUCGCCCAUCAGUGACCAGUCGACCCACACCCGCGCCUCCUCUACCAUCGAUUGAGUGAAGGAGGAGCAGAUCUCGGCGUAAUCAUGAAGAUCAAAGAGGACGGCGCUGCGUCAGAUGCAGACGACCUGGACCCGCAAUUUCCCCCUGGUCACCCUCCUUCUGUUCCCUACCACUGGACCGCUAACAAAAUGGCAAAACUUGUUGACGUCAUUAACACGUCACUGGCUCCAUACAACACGUCACUGGCUCUACACAACACGUCACAAGAUUCGCUCCUACCUGGAGGGCGUGACGAGGCGCUGGCGCAGGUUGAAGUGGCCAUUCUGGCAACCAUAUUGACGCUGGCAGUGGGAGGUAAUUCCUGUGUCUUGGUGGCGUUGGCACGGCGGCGGAAGAUUGCCUCCCGUAUGCACAUGUUUAUCCUGCACCUGAGCGUGGCUGACCUUCUGGUUGCCUUCUUCAACAUCCUCCCGCAGUUGCUGUGGGACAUCUCCGGCACCUUUCACGGCGGCGACUUCUUGUGUCGCCUCGUUACGUUUCUCCAGGUGUUUGUCAUGUACCUGUCCACCUACGUGUUGGUGAUGACGGCGGUGGACCGAUACCGCGCCAUCUGCCACCCGUUGUCCAACUACAACUGGAGUCAGCGGACCAUCAACCUACUGAUUGGCGCCAUCUACUUCCUGUCCGCCGUGCUCAGCCUGCCGCAGCCCCUGCUCUUCAAGUACCAGGUGGUGCCGGGGUACGACCACUACGACUGCUGGGCCGACUUCAACCCACCCUGGCUGCUCAAGUUCUACAUCCUGUCCUUCACCCUGGCAGUCUACAUCAUCCCGUUCUUCAUUCUCGUCUUUGCCUACGGCUCCAUCUGCUUCACCAUCUGGGCCAAGCAGCCACGCUCGGCAGCGGAGGAGGAUGCUGGGUGUAGGCAGGAGGAGACCGCACACCUCAAGUCCGCGGACGGUCACGGCGUGCAUAACCACGUAGAUACCCGGGGUUCGCCUCUCCUGUCCCUGCCGACGACGCCGGGUGGGCGCGGGGGCCACCUGAGCCACAACAGCAACAGCAACAACAGCGUGAGGGGGAGGCCACGCAACGGCUUCGUGCGCCCACGCGCUCACUCUAUGCGAGGUUUCUCGCGUGCCAAGCUCAAGACCGUCAAACUCACCUUCGUGGUCAUCGUCGCCUACCUCUUCUGCUGGUCGCCCUACUUCAUCUCGCAGCUCUGGUGGAUGUACGACCCCUCGCAGGAGGACAACAAAGCUGUGGUGAUCAUGGCUCUGCUGGGGUCGCUGAACAGCUGCUGCAACCCCUGGAUAUACCUGGCCUUCUCCGGCAACCUGCUGCGUCACCUGGUGCCUUGCUGCCGCCGCCGACCGCACUGCUGCGCCCCCUGCACGCGCUCUCGCAACCCCGCCCACUACGUCACUCCGUCCCCCACCCCGUCAGCCACGGAGCCGCGCGGCAUCAGGAUGGUGGCGCUGCUGGGGCGCCGGAAGGAACGUCAGUACGGCGGCAUCCGCAUGACGCUGCAGGGCAGAGGCGGGCGCCGAUACGACGUCAGCGAGGAGAGUCAGCAGAACAUGGUUUCCCGCCACGCCUUGCGGGAGUCCCUGACGUCACUGCUGACCAUGCGCCUGUCGCGGACACUCCUCGCCGCAGGUGCAGCGCUCCGCCACAAACUCUUCCCCCGGGAGGGACGGGAGGGACUGCGCCGUGCAGGUUGAGGUGGAGAAUCAGCGUUCGCCAUCGGGCGGAGGAGAAGGGGAGCAGCGCCGUCUGCCGGCCCUGCCCUCCAAAGACGUCUCCGGAACGGUGGCCAGCAACUGCAGCAGCAGCAGCAGCAGUGGCGGAGUAGCGGCAAGCCCCGCUCCCCACACGUGCACAAGCGCGCGCGCCUGCACGAGCGGCCGGCGGAGGAGGUGGUGGAGGCGCAGAUGAAGUGGGAGCACAACAUGGGGCUCAAGCGCCCCGCCUCGCAGCUGCUUUCUGUCGACGGCCCCGCAGUGACCAGAACCAGCUGCAAGACCAGCGAAGCUUGUGGCAGUCCCACAAGUCCUGACACUGAUACCAACGUCAGUUCCAGGGACGACAACCCGUAAUAAACUGUUACAGCUAUGAACGAUAACCUGCCACGCCACGUGUUUUGCGUGUCUACCGCUGGAAGCGAGAGAGUUCUGAGGUAAGGGAGGUAACCGCGUAACUGCAGUCGCAGGAAUAACAAAGAGCAAGAGCGGUAAGGGAGGUAACCGAUUAUUGUGCUGGCGAAUGUUACAUUUACUGCGUGCUUUUGUUUUGCUCGCUGUCUUGGCGGAGUUGUCCUCCCUGUGCCUGUCAACGGGAGGUUGUUAUAGUCACUUGUACUUCUAGUACGUGAUGAUGAUCUCGUGCAUGACAAACACACAUCUCUCAGUCUAAACUAUAACAGACGAGGAACUGAUGAAGCUGCACAAUGUUACUAUGGACCCUGUAAUACCCCCGAGGUAACUGUACCUCCAAGCAGCAGCUGUAAGAUUGCCAGAUAUCUGUGAACUUGGGACAUGUUUGCACAGACCACAAACAGCGCCUGCGGCCAAAACAGUGCAACUACCUGAGGACUGAACUCUGACCCCAAGAAAACAAGAGCGAGAAAAGAGGUUUGUACACAGCCUCGCGGACUUUUUUCCGCACUGACUGCAGUCUUUGUUCUUUGUCUCACAUCCUCUGCCACUCUGGUCAGUGAGUGAGAGGGCUGGCAGCAACAAAAAAGCAACGAUAACGCGGAAAGAAAGAAGAAAACGAGCGAUUUAGACAAAACAAAAGAGAAGUUCUGACCGCAGAUUAAAAUAAAAUGUUCCACACCUUUACAUACACAUGACGAGCUCCGACAAUCAAGAAUGUGACGGACAGAUAUAAGUAUGUGAGGUGGAAACCAAGUAUCUUCAGUAAAUACCAAGUAUUUAGAUGGACAAAUCGCCGAAGUGCUGUCACAUUGGCUGUAAAGUGACAGGAAGAUGUCACCAACUGCUCACCCAUACUCACACAGAGGGCUUUCAAUAGUGUACAGACACAACUCCCAAGGUUUGUUUGUUUACAGUAGUACAGUGCAUGUAAGUAGUUGUAAUGGGCCUACAGUAGUACAACACUUAUAACACAACUUCGCUCCACGCUGGGUCAACACACAUAACAAACUAGAGUUAUGAUAAGGCCACUUUACGAUGCAAGCACAAGGUACACAUAGCAAGACACUUCUAAUCACAAUAGUCACAUGAUGUGUGAACUUCACAGUAUAAUAUAAUUAUGAGUCAUAUGGCAAAUAAGCGUUACAGUCUAUACAAUUAUAUAAAUCUUCAAUUAUGAAUUAUAUAAAUAUAUAAAUUAUUUAUUAUUAUAUCAAAGGACAUUUUGUGGAGUCAACAGCGUUACUGCGUCUGCUACCCACAACAAAGAGGAAAGGAGAUGAAGGGCAGUCAAGCGUGUAAUUAACUAAGCCUUCUGUAAAAUAACAUUUGCAUGACAAUCAAAACAACCUCUGGUUGACAAUGAUGCUAUUUAUAGCUCAUCUAAACGACUGAUAACUCAAUCAAGCUGAUGGCUGACAAACAGUAUGAGAACCUUGAGGUAACUGUCAGCAAAAGUAAACAUGGAAUACGGUUGUACUUGAUAAUCACUUGAUGUCACGCAAACAGAUCGUGCUAAUAAAGCUGAUUGCAAUGCUGGCGCACUAUAAUGAGCUUGUGUACCGCCAGUACUGUGAACAUCGUGAUGAGUGAACACCUCCCUGAUGUACUCGGUGUGUGGGGAGUAGACUGACUACAAUAAAUAUGUUUGCUGUUUGAACUCUCUACACUGCUCAGACCUUGGCCAUGAAAAGUUCGUGUGUGUUGUGUGUGAUCGUGGUUCUUGCAGAAGAGGAAGUAAACAAUUUU